AUGUUCUCUGCUAGCGGACUCCGCUCCAUUUACUCUGUUUCCUCUGCCGACGGUUCCCUUACGCUUCACUGCCUCGAGUGCCCUCAGGUUUCAUUCCCUCCUCUUCCCCUGACCUCGCCUUCGUUCUCCCCGUUUGGAGUACCUACUGUGGACGAGUGGCGUGAUCUCUGGGCUGCUUGGGACCUAGUCACUCUCGGUAUGAUCCCACAAGAAAUGCUGCAUCAGAAACCGAUCGACUUAAGGCAUAAAUGCCUUUUCUACAUUGGUCACAUCCCUACUUUCUUGGACAUGUUGAUGUCGAAGGCAUUGAAAGAGCCCAACACAGAGCCGAAGAACUUCACCCUUAUCUUCGAGCGAGGCAUUGAUCCUCAUGUCGAUGAUCCUGAGCAUUGUCACGGGCAUUCAGAAGUACCCGAGAAAGACGAGGAAUGGCCAUCGCUUGGUUCAAUCCUCGCCUUCCGCGAUCGCGUGCGGACUCGUCUUCUGAAGCUCUACGGUGAUUUACGGAACGGCAGUCGUAAGCUCAACCGCCACAUCGCACGUAUGCUGGCUAUGACCCACGAACAUGAGGGCUGGCAUGUCGAGACACUGCUCUAUAUGCUCAUCCAGAGGGCUGGAACCGGCACUCUUCCUCCUCCGGGGUUCGCAGUUCCUCACUGGGAGGCACUCGCCGAACAAUGGGACGCCAUCGCUCCUCCCAACACACCAACUAUCACAAUCGGUCCUGCGAGAAUCACACUGGGACAUGACGACUGCGAGGGCGACGAUUUCUCCUCCGACGUUGCUGAGAUCAUCGACGGCCACGCGUUUGGAUGGGACAAUGAAAGCCCGGCGCGCGUCGUAGAAGUGAAGCAAGUUAAAAUGGAAUGGAGACCAGUCACGAACGCGGAAUUUUUCACGUUUUAUAAGGAUAGCAAGGAAGCCGGACUUCCCGCUAACUGGAUAGAAGACGAAGAUGGAAUCAAGGUACGAACCGUGUAUGGGCCCGUUUCGAUGGCUAUCGCACAGCACUGGCCUGUGCUCACCUCCUAUGACGCACUCUUGGCGUAUGCGACAUCCAAGGGUGGUCGACUCCCAACGGAGCCUGAACUUCGGUUGUUCUUUGACAUUUAUGGAGUGGGACACUGGGGCGGUGCGAAUGUUGGCUUUAGGAAUUGGCAUCCCGUACCGGCCACCACUGGUCGGGAAGAAUUCGGCGGCCACGGUUCGAACGGUGGGAUUUGGGAGUGGACAUCAACUCUCUUUAGUAACCACGAGGGACUUUUCCCAACGAACCACUUCCCUGGCUAUUCCACCGACUUUUUCGACGGGAAACAUCACGUCGUUUUAGGAGCUUCUUAUGCUACGAUUCCCAGGCUCGCCGAACGACGUACCGUGCGCAAUUUCUAUCAGCAUAACUAUCCAUACGCGUGGGUCGGCGCUCGUGUCGUGUAUGAUGUCCUCGAUGUGUAG